ACCCUAAAUCUUAUUUAUAGUGUAGAGUUGUUGGGAAAUAAUACACAAAAAUGGGGGAACAAAGCAAAAAAUUGCAUAUUGCAGUAUUUCCAUGGCUAGCUUUUGGUCAUAUGAUUCCGUAUUUUGAGCUUUCAAAGCUCAUAGCUCAGAAGGGUCACAAAAUUUCUUUCAUUUCUACUCCUAGAAAUAUCGAUCGUCUUCCAAAACUUCCACCAAAUCUCGCCCCCUUCUUGAAUUUCGUCAAAAUUCCUCUGCCCCACAUUGAAAAUUUACCGAAAAAUGCAGAAGCCACUAUUGAUUUACCUUAUGAGCAAGUAGCGUACCUCAAAAUUGCUCAAGAUGGACACAAAGAACCCAUAGCUAAGUUCCUCGAAGAUUCAGCUCCUGAUUGUAUAUUCUUCGAUUUUGCUUCUUACUGGAUUCCUUCAAUUGCUUCAAAAUUCAACAUUCCAACGGCCUAUUUCACCAUUUCCAUCGCUGCGUCUAUGGGUUUCAUGGGACCCGUGCCGGGAUUGAACAAUGAUUAUGAAAUUCGAAUGAAGCCUGAGGAAUACACAGUUACCCCAAAAUGGGUUCCAUUUGAAACCACCGUUGCUUUCAAGUUUUUCGAAAUUUCGAGAAUCUUUGAAGCUUCCGUGAAGGGUGAUGAAGAGAAUGUUUCUGAUAUUUUUCGUAUUUAUAAAGCUAUCGAACACUCUGAUUUUUUGCUUGUGAGGAGUUGUUCGGAAUUUGAACCAGAAUGGUUGAAAGUUGUCGGAGAUAUUCACCGGAAACCGGUUUUCCCGGUGGGCCAACUUCCGAAAACGACUUAUGAAGAUGACAACACGAAGAUCGAUGCAUGGACAGAGAUAAAACUAUGGCUUGAUGAGCAAGAAAAGGGGAAAGUGAUUUACGUGGCAUUUGGUAGCGAGGCAAAACCAAGUCAAAACGAACUCAUUGAGUUAUCACUCGGGUUAGAGCUUUCCGGGUUGCCAUUUUUUUGGGUUUUGAUAAAUAAAAGAGGAGAAUCCGAUGAUGAAUUAAUUCAAUUACCAGAAGGUUUUGAAGAACGAACAAAGGGAAGGGGUAUUGUGUGCACGAGUUGGGCCCCACAACUUAAGAUACUAAGUCAUGACUCAGUGGGUGGAUUUUUUACUCAUUCGGGAUGGAGUUCGGUAGUUGAAGCAAUACAAUUCGAGAAGCCAUUGGUUCUUUUAACAUUUUCGUCUGAUCAAGGGAUAAAUGCUACACUACUGGAGGAGAAGAAGAUGGCGUAUUUGAUUCCAAGAGAUGAUCGUGAUGGGUCGUUCACUCGUGACUCGGUGGCUGAGUCAGUGAGUCUAGUACUUGUUGAAAAACAGGGUGAAAUUUAUCGGGAAAAGAUUAAAGAGGCGAAAAAUAUCUUUUGUGACGAAAGAAGGCAAGAUAAUUAUGUGGAAAAUAUAUUAAGUUAUGUUCAAAAUUAUAAAAAGACUAAAAUAUGAAAUGGGAAGAAAAACUUGAGUUUAAACGAACCUUUAAUUAGUUGUAAUUUCUGGUUAAUUUAUGUACACUUAUUUUAUAUGGUAUUAAUUAUUUGCACCAA